AUGGCUGAAGCCAUCGGUUUGGCUGCCAGCAUUGCUGGUCUUGUCCAGCUGACGGGUUCUGUGUUCAAGCUGGUCACCAAGUUCUGCAAAGAGGCCAAGGAUGCGCCAUCCAAAGCCCAAGAACUUGCCACCCAAGCAAGAGAGCUCGCUGGAAUAUUUGAAAACCUCAGAUUGCUUGCAUCGUCGUUAGAGGCUCGAAAUUCAGACUGUACUCUCAAGACGCAGCAUCUCCAUUCCUGCCAACAGACAUUGGACGAAAUCAACAAUAAACUUGAUAAAGCGCAGACCGAUUUUGACAGUGGAAAGCCAGCGAAACGGUUCUCACGACGGUUAAGAUGGCCCUUUUCGCUAUCUGAGACCAAGGACCUGGUCGCAGAUCUGGCGAACCAUCGCGAUAUUCUUCAUCUGGCGCUGUCUGCGGAUAGUAUGGAUGCUCUGCUGAAGAGCCUUGCAAAACAAGACGAUUUACAUAAUAUGAUUGAAAGAAAACUUAGCUUCGACACACGAGUUCAGCUUGACAAAAGACGCAAGGAGAUCAUGAACUUCUUCCUUCGCGUAAACCCGCAGGACUAUCUCGAAGUCAGCCAGGAGCUUCGUCACAAGGCCACAGGAUCAUGGCUUACAAGUGGCCACCCCACGUUUUCAAAUUGGAAAGACGGUACCAACUCGAAGCUGUGGUUAAGUGGCAUUCCUGGUUAUGGAAAGACAGUCCUCUGUGGAUUGGUUGUCGAGACUGUCCUCGAAAAAAGCGACGACUCAACAGCAGUUUGUUAUGCAUUUUGCGACUACAAAAAUCCCCAUUCCUGCUUGCCCGAGAACGUUGUUGCUGCCCUCGCGGUCCAGCUUGGCCUACAGGGAGAGGAAGCCUUUGAUGUUCUUGAAGAGUACUUCGACAUGUUACACCCUGAUGACAAACUUCCGGCACAGCCGAAGCUAGAAGACCUCCUUGAACUUGUGCAAUACAUGGCUGAGGUAUACGACAAGGUGUUCUUGGUAGUAGAUGGCGUAGAUGAAUGCGGUAGCCAUGUAUCACGGAUGGCCGACAGUCUGAAAGCCAUGGCUGACAAAUCCGAGAACAUUAGCGUCGCUAUCUUCAGCCGGAAAGAAGAAGAAAUUAGGGAACGACUGGAAGGUGAAUUUGAGCACAUCGAGGUCAUGGCUCAUACCAAGGACUUGGAGGACUAUACCCUGGCCGAGGUUAGCAAACGAAAAGUUUUGAAAAGAAUGGAGACCACGAGUCCGGAAUUAUACAAAGACAUACUGGACACGCUAGUUCAAGGCGCACAAGGGAUGUUUCGUUGGGUUGCUUGUCAGAUUGAUCACAUCUGCGACCAACCAAGUAACAACGCUCGAAAAAGAGCAUUGAGAGAAUUACCACCCACUCUCAAUGGAACAUAUGAUCGCGUUCUGAACAACAUCAUGUCGUGUCAUCCUGAGGUUCGAGCUCGUAUACAGAAAGCCCUCCACUGGAUCGCCUUGGGAUCUCCGAAGUUGAAAGUUUCGGCGUUGUGUGAAGCUGUGUCAAUUCAAAAAGGUAUGGAAGCUAUCGCAGAGGAUGAUGUGAUAGAACCAGAAGUCAUAUCCCGCCACUGCGGCUGUCUGUUGCGUAGGUCCUUGGAUGGCAACUAUUUUGAAUUUGCCCACUUCACCGUCUUGGAAUACCUCGAGAAAGUUUCGAUAGGAGAGUUUCGGUAUUCUGAGGAACUGGCCUACCAGUCAUUGGCUGAAACUUCAGUGAGGUUUCUGUUGUUUCCAUGCUUUGACAGAGUCCCUACGUUCAGCGAAACGGUCGAGAAAGCGUAUUGCGACGAGAGGGCAAUAACGCAUCCAUUUUAUCCGGUCGCUGAAUGGAUACCAAACCACUGGCUGAGAAGCCUUUGCCCAUACUCUGCUCGGUCCAUGGUUCUCGAGAAGGAGCCUAUACUCUCCCUGCUGAAGCGACUAUUUAGCCCAGAAACAGGACACUUCCGAGCCUGGCUAUACCCCUUUUUCUUUUACGAGAGAAACGAACUCACCACUGUAUUCUCAAGCAGUACCUUACACAUAGCCACAUGUUUACUAAGCCCUCAGCUUUGCAGUUUUGCUUUGGAACAGGGUGCCGAUGUGAAUGGGCUACGUAAUUCCGAGACACCGCUCUACCUGGCAAUCAUACAGAUUCGAUCCGAGAGCCAGGAAACCGAUGAAUCUGAUUCUUUUUGGAGUAAUCGUCACAUUAAAGUCUUCAAUCUUUUGUUGGAUCAUGGUGCAGAUGCAUCUUUCUCUGUGAAGGGUAAGAGUUGCUUGGCUCACGCUUUUGAAUCGCUGAGAGGCUGCACCAUGGUUCCCUUCAUUCGUCCAUCAACACCAGUACCAGCCGACGCAAUAACAGCAUUCUUGGAUCGCAGUUGGAAUGACAGCUCGGAUGAUCAAUUAUUGCAUGCGGUCUUGGAAUUAUGUGGUUCCAAUGAUGCUCCCCCACAGUGGCAACCUAUGGCAGCACCGGCAUUGUUUCAUUCUCGAAGGCGAGGCCUUUCUGCCCCAGAACAGGCAAUUCACCUCUCCGCCAACAGCUACAGUAACGAUGACUAUCCUAAAGCACUCCAGUUCGCUAUAAGAGCCGGUCUAGUGGAGGAUCUCUCAACUCUUAUCAGGGAUACACGAUUCAAAAAAUACAUUGAGAAAUAUGCUUUCGACUUGUUAAUCCCUUUAGCCAGGAUGACACUCUCAUCGAGUGGCCAAAUGGCUGAAAUGCUUCUAGACUCUGGUCUAGAUCCAGCAAAAGUCGAUUUUAGUCGCCAAACCUGCCUUCACUUCAGCUGUGCAUCAGGCAAUAUGGAAGUAACCCAGGUUUUCCUUGAUCAUGGACUGAGCCCGGCUUGCACAGAUAUCAACAACCAAAAUGCAUGGCAUAUGGCUGCUACCGCGGGGCAUACCGAUAUACUCAGGCUCCUAUGCCAUACAGAUGAAAGUUUCUUGCUUGGUUUGGCUACUGUAGCUCAUAAAACCUGGACGCCUUUUGGCUUAGCCCUUAUGAACGGCCAUGUUCAGGCAUGCCUCUACCUCCUAGAGAUCUGCCCUGCAGAUAGGUCAUAUUUUCGAUCGGAUAGACCGUUGCUCUACCAUGCGGCCAAAACUGCAUCGCGGGAGCUUUUCAGUGCCGUGCUGGCCAAAAAGGGUAUUGAUUCUGCGACUUACAAGUACGGAUCAACCCCGAUACAUCAUCUUGAUGCCACGUGUACGCCGGAGUUCGCUGAGUACCUUAAGACUCUAUAUGAUCCUCUAUGCUUUGAUAAUUCAGGAAGCCCCCCUCUUAAGUGUUUUCUCCGCAGAUGGCUCGAACACAACGAAAACAUAGAAGUGGGCAAGGUCAAUGUUCUCCGUACAGAGAUGUUGCAGAUUUUAAUCCCAGAUUGCUUUGAGUUUUCUACCAGCAAUAAAAGGGUACAUGCCUGGGAGAUUGUAUGCGCUGCCUUGGAAGGACAAGAGCUCUGUUGUUAUCCGACCAACCAACCGAAGUCUGACGGCCCGAACAGUAAAUGUUACUGCGAAUACCAUCUUGGUAGAUACUUGCAGCCCAUCUUCAGGUACGGAGUACUGUCAUCCUACGAGACAAAAACACACAGUUCUGGAAUGGAACCACUCUUGAGAGUUUUGGGGAAGUACAAUGGAGAACAUUUCUGUGCUCGAUCGAUCAUCAUGUUGAUAGACGAGGUCAUGGAAGCCUCGACUAUUAAGAUGUCUUCGAAUACCGUCGAAAAUGGCUUUCGGCUCUUGGAAAACGCCAUUCGCAAAUCUGGAUCGGGCCUAGUAUCCAAGUUCAUUGACUAUGGGCUCGAUAUUCACCGACGACCUCCGAAGGAAUUGAGCUUUGACUAUAGGGAAUCCCUGUUUGAGACGGCGUGUCGCACCACUAAUUCUAAGACUUUCGAAGUUAUUCUAGCCGGUAUUCCGGCCAGCGAUCUGAGUGAAAAAACCCCAACAGGUCAGACUCCACUCGAGCUAGUAGUCCAAGGAACAAGCUCAGACAAGACAUCGCUCAUCAGGGCGCUUUGCAGCAAGGGCGUGAAUCCAAGGUUAGCUCACUCGGAAACGCCCCUAAUUCUCCAGGCAGCCGAAAAGGAAGAAUGGAAGGUGGUCCAAUGCCUCGCAGAGCUUGGAGACGACAUAUUUGCCAGACAAAGCUUAGACGGCUGGGGGCUGGCAGAGAAAGCCGUUUUCCAAAACAACCUUGAGAUGCUAAAGUGGUUUGUUCAGCUGGUUGAAUCGAUCGAUCGAAUAUCGCAGCUACAGACACGCUUUACGAUAGAUUUGCUAAAGAAAUAUGAGGCCAACAGCAAUCUAACUCAUCGUUGGUAUGACCCAGAGUGCACUCUGUUGCACAUGGCUUCCAUCAACCAUAUCAUAUUACCAUACCUUCUUGACCAGCAGGUAUUCUCAGAUAUCAAUAUCACGUCCAAACUCGGACGAACACCCCUUCAUCAUGCCGUAGACUCGAGUUCAUGGCCAUGCUGUCAAAUCCUAAUCGAGAAUGGAGCAGACCUAACCAUCCGAGACUCUUACGGGAGAUUGCCCAUUGAUGUGGCUUUUGAUUCUGGCAAGAAAGAUCUCGUUGAACUAUUGAUUCAGGCAGGCUCUCCCACUCCAUUUUUUUAUAGGCCCCGAGAUUAUGCUAGCACUACAGAUCAAUCUAGUAGUAUUGAUCUCACAGCCUCAAGACGGAGCAGUUUCGAGAUGUCUAUCAGGACAGGGUGCCUUAGUCGUUGCAAAAAAGCAGUUCAACGUGGUUAUUCCAUCCAUCAACCCUUUUCCAGCUGCCCUACUUGUACGCCUUUGUUCAUCGCCAUCCAAUCCCAACAGGAAGAUGUGAUUGGUUGGCUACUUGAUCAAGGAGCCAGCACUCUCGGUGUCAUUUGUAAUGAUAUCACUCACGAAGACAUAGUUAUCUAUGCUGCAUCUGUAUUGCAAUCUCCAAGCUGCGUGGGCAAGGUUUUAUCUGCUGUUCACAAACGACAAGCUAUCUGGCACACAAACCUAUCCAAUUCCAUUUACUUGGCUGUACAAAAGGAGAAACCUGAUGUCUUGGCCAUCAUUUUGAUGCAUGUCCAAAUGCAUAUUAAACAAUACUACGAUACUUGGGGACAUGAGCUGGACGGCACCGCUCAACCAAAUUCAGUCCAAAGGUUGAAACCAAUGCUCUUGGACUGCCCAAUCAAUUUCACGAGUUCAUUCAAAGAGACGGCGCUUCAUUGUGCCGCAAGGAUCGGUAGCCUUAAAAUGGUUGAGACGCUUCUACACCACGGCGCAAACGUGGAUUCCGAGGAUGAUGAUCUGGCGACGCCUUUGAUUCACGCUGCUUCUAAAAAUCAUCUUCCAGUUGUGGAAAGGCUUCUCGCUCACGGUGCAACGGUUGGAGCUAGAGAUAUCCGUGGAAGUACCGCUAUGACAUGGGCAAUCCUGAAUGGAAACUUCGAGAUGGCCAGGCUGUUCGACAACAUUUACGGUCAAUCGGCAGUGGAGACCUUCAAGGAUCUCAUCUCCAGGGGACUAAGACUGGAUCGUUGCAACCAAUACGGGCAUCCAACGUUGAACUUCAUUUUAAGCCGAGAACCUGUGAGGGAUUACAUGGUUCAGACACAAUCAACACCACCCAUGCCGGCAAAGAAAGUUGUGGCGUCAAGAUCCCUUUUGGAGCUAGCCGAUAUCAAUUGCGUACCAAGCGACAUCAAGAGGUUCUUCCUCUCUCUGUCACCUAUGAUGGCUCAGAAACUCAUGGAUCAAGAUGACAGCACUCAUGGUACCCCUCUAUGUGCUUCAGUGGCGAUCAACUGUUUAAAGUCAGCAAGGUUGCUACUUACACUUGGAGCAAGCCUUGAAAAACCCGGUUCGUCAUUUGGCACGCCUGUCAUGUGUGCAAUCGUAUUUGGAAGGUUUGAGGCGGUCAAAAUGUUGGUUAGAGAGGGGGCCAAGUUGAAUUACACUGAUGAGCAUGGGGGUAAUGUCAGUGCACUUACGACGAGCCUUCCCUUCCCAAAAAUCACGCAGUGGCUACUAGUUGGGCAGUAUCAGGACCAACAAAAACUCACAAAUAACCCUUUUUACGAAGACAUUCCACUCAGAUUAUGGAGCGGUAGGAGGGCUCUCAAGUCGACACUUCUUAGCAGGCAAGAGCGUUAUUGGGGGGAGUCAACACUUGCUUUCUGUACAAGAUUUCAUCGGAUGAGAAGACAAAUGAUUGGUCAAAUAGUAAGUGGAGACCUAGUAUGGGCAUAA